AUGGACGCACAGCAACCGACAGAGGAAACACAGGCUGCCGAGACGGCAUGGGAAAACGAGUUCAUCUCCCGGUGGAUCGACCGCCUCAAACAUACAUACUCCUUCCAAAGCCACGACAAAGACCCGAAGUGUCCAUUCGGCGCCGCCAUGAUGUCCUUCCAACACUUCACCACCCGUAUCAUCCUGGCCCUUGAAGCCCGCGAUCCCGGGAUUGUCAAUAUGACCAAGUGUGGCUACCUGCGUCUCAUCUAUUCCCGCCUCCCUAGCUUCCACAACUUACAGGGGUUCCAUGCGUGGGUUGCAGAUGCUGUACUGAAGCAUCCGCAGCGCCGGAAUAUGAAGCAGCACCAGUGGCUUGCGAUAGUGGACUAUGAGCGCCUAGGGGGAGGGCUGUUGCGGAAGUGCAAGAUGGCGUUUGUUGAGCUGAAUAGGUGGUUCAGGGAGGUGAGUAAGCCGGAGAACCUGGUGCGGGAUCCGGAUCAACUGUACUUGUUUCGGCGCGCGAAUGGCCUGAAGGCUGUCAAGACUGACCGGGUCGGCGACUGGGAGCAUCAGGAAUGCCAAGUGUGUACAGAGGAGUUCGAGCGCCCUGAUACGAUUGAAGGUGAGCGCACUCCCCAGCGAGCGCCGUGCGGACACGUCCUCUGCAAGGCCUGUUUCAAGAACUGGCUCGAGCAGUCGAAAGGACGGUACACGUGUCCCCUCUGCCGCGCCUGUCUCGUAUGCGGCGAAAACAACUGUAUCUUCCAUAGCAUCCGACGCGAGCCUACCACUCCCAUGCCAAUGCCCGAUGUCCUCCGAAUUAUCCGGGGGCGAUCGGAGGAGCUACUCCACGGUUUGGCACCGAGUCGGUACUGGGUUCUCCGCGAGACGACGCGCUAUCACCGUGUCUGUAUUCGGUUCUAUAACCGGGUAUUGGAUCGGGACGGGGCAGAUGUGGAUGAUCCGGUGUAUCAGCAUUACCAGCAGCGUAGGGAUGAACAUUGGGAUACGAUGAAAGGAGAGAUUCUGGGUGAGCGCAUGGUGCCUGCUGGACGGGACGAGGCUAGGAGGCGAGUAUGA